CUGUUUCUUUGAAAUCAGAGAAGACAGGAUGACCUGGCAGCUGAGGCAGGCGCAAGUCUGGAGUUGGUCAGAUCACAACAAGAAAGAAGUUUUUUUGUUUGUUUGUUUGCUUUAAUGGCAUGUAAGGAUCACCCACGCCGUUUACCAGUCCACAUCCUUUUCCAUCAUGUGAAGAAUUUUGGAACAGCUGCCUGCAGAGUUGGAAGACACUGAACAGGGCUGAGCUGGGGCGCUUCCCAAGCCCCUCCUGCUGCACUCAAUACCUGGGUAAAACAAAGAAAAUUGUGUUUGCCAGGCUCACUUGAAGUCACAAGAUUCAGAGUAUCAUGCAGCACUCUGGAAUGCCUGCGAAAACUCAGACGGGGCUCACCACACACCACUCGAGAACAGCCGUUCACCGGGCUUUUCAGAUAAAGACGUUUAGCACGGAGUUGAAAAACCAUGUGAUGGUCAUGGAUUUUGUGAAGAGUAACUGGUUUCCCUCACAGAGAAGAGCCAAAGUGUGUAUUAUCCACACGUGUCAAGGACGGAAGACAGCGGAGCAAGCAGCCAGCAGAUAUGAGAUCCACAGUCGGCUUUUCUCAUCCAGCAAAGAUCACUCUGCCUGGGAGAGCAAUGACAGUCAUUUGAAUGCAGACAAUGCUCUGGCCCCAGAGGUCACCAGUACUGAGUCUGAGGAAGCUGUCCUAAUGCCCUGCACUCCCACUGCCCUGGAUUGUGAGCACCGUGAAGGCAAGGUCUUGGCUGCUAUCUUUGGGUUACAGGACAGCCAUUACAGUAUAAAAGAUCCAAUUUCCCUUAGGAGUCUCCAGUCUGAUGUUACAGAGAGGAAAUCUGACUUCACCAAGGAAACUCUGGCAUCACAAAACACCAAAAUGAUCUCAUCCAUAGUCAUUUCGCAGCUGAUCGAUGAGAACAGAUCAAAGGAAAAUGUGGCCGCGUUGCCCCUGCCCUGCGCGAUGGCUCAGCCUCGAGAGUGUCUCGCGAAGCCUGCUUCGGCUCAUUGCAGCGGCGUCAACAUCCACAGGGCGUUUGCAUUCCUUCCGGACAGACUGGGAAUUCCCAGGCCGGCAGAUGAACCAGGGCCAGAGAUAGACGUGUCUUCUUCCGGGGACAGCGUGUGCGGCCGCCCCCGCCAAGGAUUCGCGUCGAUCACCAUCACGGCGCGGCGUGUGGGCCCCCCGGCCGGGGCCCUGGUGUGGGGCACUGUCGGGGACUCUCUGUGCCCCAAGUGUGGGGUCGACGGUGCUCUGCGCCGGGGUCCCUCCGCCCGGGCUGGCGGCCCCCACUCACGUCCACACCACGGGCCUCUCGCCUGCACCGAGUUCUCCACAAAGGGCUCAGUGAUGAGGGUGAAGGUCCCUGAAGUGCACACUCGGAGGUGUGCAGAUCACGAGUACUGGGUCACACACGUGGACAGCAAAGAGAGCAGAUUCACUCCAGACUCCCCGCCUGCCGGAAAAGGCCCGCUGGUGUUUACUUCCUGUGUCCGCCUCCGGGUGUCUCGGCAGUGUCCAGAGUCCAUCUACUACUUGGACAAGUCUCUCUCUGUGCCUGUGGAGCAAGGCCCAGUUGUCACUCCCCAAAUGCACAGAUCCGUCCUGUCGCUCAACCUUAGUUGUAGUUCCCACGGGUUAACAGCAGAUGGAGUAGAUGGCAUAGCUAACGGAGAGCCAAUAAACAGAGCCCUGAAGCAGGAGCUCCUCCAGCGAAACCAGCACCUCCUAGGCUCGCCCUGGAAUCCAGCUUUGCCACAGUGUCACUCGAAGGAAAACCCUUCGUUGGGUCCGGUAUGUUUGGGAACUGGUGCAUGUCCUUGGAGUGACUGUCCUCCUCUGGAAAAAGUAGAAAUCGCAGAUGUGGGAACUGACCAGGUCACUGUUGGAAAAGGGAAAGGCCACCACACAACUCUUCCAGCCGAUGGUCGCCACAAGCAACUGUCCAUUCACAUUCCUGGCUGGAGUUACAGGGCAGUAGAAACAAAAGUAUUUUCUGGAAGCAGCAAGAAGCAUCAAGGAGAAGCACACGUGACUCUGUCCACUCCUCCAGUGGAGCAGAAGCACAUUAAACGAUUCCUUUCCGAUGGGGACAGUUCCCCACACGAUGGCUGUCCGUCUAGUGACCUUGCUAAGCCCACAGAGAGCCGACCUCCAAACUUCCUGAGACCCAGAGUCCCUUUGCCUGGGUUCUUUUGCCCUUUACAAGAUCCAUGUCCCGCUUCACAAGAAGACAGUGGUGCUCAGAUAGAAAGAGAGCUCCCCAAAGGAGAUUAUGCUUGCUGUGACUUGGUUGUGAAAAUAAAAGAGUGUAAGAGGAGCGAAGACUCCACCACGCCCGGGGGUUCACCAGCGCCCCCCUCACCAGCACCUCUCAAGGGACCAGAAGCAGCUGGCUUGUCAGAGGACAGUCCUGAUCCUCAGGAAACACCUGCAAACCCCUUGACCUUGCAGGAAGCUCUGGAAGUCCAUAAACCCCAGUUCAUUUCUCGCUCACAAGAAAGGCUGAAGAAGCUAGAACGCAUGGUGCAACAGAGAAAAGCACAGCGGAAGGAGAACCUGGGGCAGAAGCAUAGUGUCCUUCCAGUUCGCGCCAACAAGAAGCAGUUCACCAUUCCCCAUCCUCUUAGUGAUAACUUGUUCAAACCCAAAGAAAGGUGCAUUUCAGAGAAGGAGAUGCACAUGCGAUCUAAAAGAAUCUAUAAUAACUUGCCGGAAGUUAAAAAGAAAAAAGAAGAACAAAAGAAAAGGGUGAUCUUACAGAGUAACAGACUUCGUGCAGAAGUCUUCAAAAAGCAAUUACUGGACCAGCUUCUUCAAAGGAAUGCAGUCUGACCCCAGACUGCCCUGCGGACCACUUCCUGGACCUGAGAAGACUUCAAACACUGGAUAAGCUAUUAAACUUACCAUUAUCUUCAUGACAAGAAAAUACUUAUUUUGCUUUUGAUUUUUUUAUAUAAGGAAAAAUAACACUUCUUGAGUGACUGACCCAAACAAACAGAAAGAGUAAUCCUCAAGGAAAUAGGUCAACAGUCUUGUGGAGAAAUCAAUUCCAUGUAACCUGCUAGGCUUAGUCCUCUUCAUUUUUUGACUUCUGAGUUUUGUCUCUUACUUGUGGUGUCCCCUCCCUACCAUUAUGACCCAAGCAGAAAGUCCAAUCUACUCAAGUAUUCUUAGAUCUCUGAGGAAUAUUUUUUCAUCAAACUUCUGGGACUGAAAUCCAUCACUUUCCAAAGCCAGUCUUAACAUCUGCCAGUUCCCAACUCCAUAAUGUGGGGCAUCAGAUACUGUGUCUUAAAAUGCACAUCCUCUAAUACUAGAGGCUUACUUUGGGAGUGAUCAGGUCAUAUGCUUCAGACUGCUGUUUUCUGUGACCCAGAACAAUCAGAGUGGCCCUCAUCCUUCCCCCCCCCAUAACUCCCCCAUGCACAGUUCUGUCUUUGCUGGGCCAAAGAACCUCGAUCUCAGUGGAAGUUUUGAAGGCAGAAUUAACCAACUAAAUAUGUAGAAGAUGUCAGUGUUUUCUGCAUCCCAGACCCUUCUCCCAACAGAAGUUGUGCUGUUAAAGUGGCCUAAUGACUCUAACUCUGCUAUUUAUUCUUCUAAAUACUUAUAGCACCCAUUAUUUAUAAACUUAUCUGGCAAGGUGAGAACUCAUUUUUAGAACAACAACCAAAAAAUGGAAA